AAGUCGCCCACGUAUACGCAAUGGCGCAGACCGUGUUUGCGGCAGGAAUCGCGCACCUCACCGGAUUCAACGCUUGAGUGCCGACAUUACACCUUUUUUCAAGUUGGAUGAUCUGUCAAGCGUAAUUGCAACUGCUCUUGAACGCGUGUCCUCGAGCAUUGGUUUGAAUAGGCUGCGGAUCUCAGCUCGAGAAAGUGUGUGCUUACACCGGAAAAGCAACCGUCUUAACGCUACCUGUGCAUCCCAGAAUAUGUUCUUUGCAUGACAAGGCCACUGGGCGCAUCCUCUGAACGCAAGAUCGGCCAUGGGAACUGUUCAGAAGAUCGUGUUAUUCGUUCUUCUCGUGUCGUUUUUGACCUUUGUGGCCUUCUUCGGCAGGCUGCCGGUCUUCAGGAACACGCCUAUAGGCUCUUUACACCGUUUCAUAUGGGUACGCAUACCGAAGAUAAUUGCAGGAGCUGACCAGCUGGUCACCGGAGGUCGGUUAGGACCAUGGAUGACACGUUUUGGGAACUACAUGUUAUACUCUAAGCACCCUGUUGUAUUGAUCAUAUUCCUCGGUCUACUCACAGGCUCAGCAUCCAUGUUCGUCCCAGUUACCUGGCCACACUUAUCCGCCUUUCAAAAGUCGCUCGUCGUCCUCCUCCUUCCACCGCCUUACCUAUUCACCUACCUAUGCGCCAAAUCGUCACCGGGUUCCCCACAUCUUAUUUCGCCUGCCAACAUAAAUGAGCAGUUGCAGCAAUAUCCGUACGACCGCAUCUUGUACCACCCGAAAAUGUGCAAGACAUGCAACCUCCCUAAACCUGCACGGUCAAAACACUGCUCCCUGUGCAGAACUUGCGUCGCACGCUGCGAUCACCAUUGUGUGUGGGUCAACAAUUGCGUUGGACGGGGAAACUACAAGUACUUUCUCGCGUUGUUGAUGUGUACAACAAUCACGCUGAUGUAUGGCACGUACCUCGCGUACACAACACUCUUGCCCGAGAUCUACUGGCACUUUGAGAACUAUCCAAGCUGGUACCUGAGCAAGCUUUCUGGGAAGCGCGACUACGUGAGCCGCAUGCUCGACGGGUUCACAUACGCGCUGGACAUAUUUCAGGCAGGACUGAUGCUCGGCGGUUUGAGACGGGCAGGCGUGGGAUUGUUGGCAGCGUUAACUUGGCCGUUGCCACUGGGUCUGCUGGCGUAUCAUGUGUACUUGGUGUGGGCAGGCACGACUACAAACGAGACGGCUAAGUGGGACGAUUGGAAGGAGGACAUGGCGGAUGGGUAUGUGUUCAUGGCGGACAUGAAGCCCGCGAAUGAGCAGGCCAGGGGAUCGCUGCAUGCAACGGACAGCAUAGCAGGUCAUCGGUGGCCGCACCAACCGAAGAAGUUGGUCGUCAGAACGAACGACGGACAGCCACCUCGCUUUGUGUCGAAUGCCAUUGCGGAUCUUGUCGUGGAGGAUUCGUGGAGGCAGAUAUGGCGGUUAUGCGACGUCGAGAACAUCUACGACUUGGGCUUCUGGGGCAAUCUGUGGGAGGUGUUGAUCAAUUGAUCAACGCACCCAGAAUCCGCACGAUACUCUGUGAUCCCCCGUUCUUGGUACGCGGCUUUUGUGUCUUCGUUUUCGGCUCUUGGCUCUUGCCCGUCGCUCUCGCGAGCCGUCUCCACAU